AUGGCUAAGAUUAAGCGAUUAAAAACAGUGGAAGAUAUUGAUCGAUUGAGCUUACUCCCAGACGCCAUCCUUAUACAUAUUCUUUCUCUCCUACCUAUCAAAUCUGCCGUAUCCACCUCCGUCUUAUCGCGCCAAUGGCGUUACCUCUGGACUCACAUCACCAACAUCGUCUUCUCCAAAACUUGUCUUCCUUCUUCUAGUCAUGAUUUAUCUGCGGCUGUCAAUCGUAUCAUUCCGCAGCUCACCUCAAACAGAAUUGAUUGUUUUCAUCUCUUUUUCAAUAAGAAGUGGGAAGAGUUUUCCGAUAUUGAAUUUUGUAUUCGUGAUAUAUGCACCCGAAAUCCAAAACAAAUUGUUGUGGAAAAUCUCUAUUAUAAAGAAUUUAUUUUGGAAAGAAUGCCAGCUUGUAUUUUUCAAUGUCAAUCUCUGGUCGAUCUUACACUGAUUGAAUACAUUAGUAUUCAAGUUCCUAAUGAAGGAUUUGUUGCGACUCUUCCGAAAUUGAAGAAACUUCAUUUAUUUACGGAUUGUGGUGUGUUGGCAGCAAUUAUUAGGGGUUGUCCACUGCUGGAAGAUCUAAAUCUGUUUAUCUAUCGGAGGAAGCGCAAUCAUUUUUUGGAUUCAAUAGAUUUAUCGGCUCAUAAUCUCAAGAGAUUGGUUAUGAAAGAAAGGUAUCGAAUUAGAAAUUCAGUCCAACUAUCAAGAAAUCUUUUAAUCAAUGUGUCAAAACUAGAAGAAAUUACAUUAGACUUUGGUAUGGGGCUAGUUCAAUUUAUUGGGGAUUCAGGCUCUUUAAUAAAAGCAGAUAUUUGUUCAGGAUACAUGUACUUGGAGGAAAAUCACCUUAGUAAUGUAAAAAGGAUGGUGGAACUGAUUUCUGGGCUAAAAUCUCUUAGCCUAGAUAUAGUUAAUUUGAACGACAUUCGUAAAUUAAAAUACGACCUUGUUCCAAUCUUUGAUAAGUUGUACGAACUAAGGAUAGAAAUUGAAAGUGAUAUGGGUAGUAUUAAGUGGUGGAAUGAUUUAUUGGUUUUUCUAAGAUGGUGUCCCUGUUUAAAGGUCCUGCAUUUAGUGUUUACAACCUAUUAUGGAGUAUAUGAUGAAUAUUUAGAGGCGAUCAUGCGAAUUUUAGAUUGCGACAAAGAGAUAGAAUUGCUAUCGGUUUAUCUUAACCAAAGAGGUACCAUUAAGGUAGAAGUGACAUCGCAAGAGUAUGAUUUUUGUGAGAAAUUGUUCGGCCUUCAGAAUCCCUCAGCUUGUGAGAUCAAAUUCAAGGGUCAUUACGUGAACGUUUCUAAUAAGAGCUUCAUUCCUCGUCGUCGAAGUAUUCGCUUGGCUAAGCACAAAGUAGUGUAG